GGAAGCGGCGGGAGGAGGCGAAGGGGGCAGGAGGAGGAGGCGGCGGCGGUGCCGGAGCGGCCCCGCUGACUCUGAUGCUCAGCAAGUGACCUCUCUCCAGCUGCCAAGAUGGUAAUAAACGUCUGUCUCCCACAGUUCAAGCCAAGAAUUCACUGCAACAAGAUCUCUGCCGAUGGCUACGAGGUGGAGAACCUGAUCUCCGAGGACCUCGCCAGGAGGAACCGCGGCUUCCGCAGCGAGUACUUCAUCAAACCGCCCGUGCACGUCACCAUCUCCUUCCCCUUCAACGUGGAGAUCUGCAGGAUCAACAUUGACAUCUCCUCUGGGGGCUACCAGACCUUCUCUGGCCUGGAAGUUUACACCUCUACCUCAUGCAACAAAACCUCGUGGCAGAGCCCUGAGGGGCAGAGCUCAGGUCUGGCCGGGCAGCCUGUGUCGGACAAGGACACCUUCACCCUGGUGGGCAAAGCUGUCUUAAAAAAUCAGAGCAAAGUGACUUUUGGCCACAGAGGCUUCAAGCCCAGGCCUCCCUUCCAUCAGAUGGAAAAUGUCUUCUCCUACCCCGGCUCGGUGUCCCAAGACCUCUGGAACAAAGGGCCGGCCUCGCUCAGCAACGUGUCCCACCUGAAAAUCUGCAUCACCCACGUGGCCGGGGGGGGCCUGCCCAGCAUCAAGAGGCUGGAGGUGUGGGGACAACCUGCCAAGUCCUGCCCACAGGAGGUGAUCGAGGGCGUUUUCCAGGUGGCCUCGCAGUUCCUGGCCCAGGAUGUCGGCAGCCUCAAGCCGGAGCUCUGGACGCCGAUGGAGAGCGACUGCGUCCCCUUCAGCGCCAGCGAGCAGCACACCCUGCACAAGCUGGUGGAUGUCGUCCAAGACAUCCCUGAAGAAUUCCUGGACCCCAUCACUCUGGAGAUCAUGACUUUACCCAUGCUGCUGCCCUCUGGCAAGGUGAUUGACCAGAGCACCCUGGAGAAAUGCAACCGGAGCGAGGCGUCCUGGGGCCGCGUUCCCAGCGAUCCCUUCACGGGCGUGGCCUUCAGCCAGCACUCGCAGCCCCUACCUCACCCCACCCUCAAGGCCAGAAUAGAUCACUUCCUGCUGCAGCACAGCAUCCCUGGCACCAACCUGCUGGGCAGGGCUCACUCCUCGGAGAGCCUGGUGCCCUCCUCCAUCACCAUGUCUUCUCUGAAGAGGAAAAUGGACUGCAUGGAUCAGGGCUCCCUGCAGCCGCCCUAUUUUUCUGCUACAAACUUACUUGUCACUGCUACCUCAGAGAACAGUGCUAAAAAAAUGAAAACUGACAGUGAUUCCCACUUGAUCCAGAUGGACUGUUCCACAGAUCUGGUGUCCCACGAGCAGAAGCUGUCAGAGAGCCUGGACACUGCCCUGACCUCAGCUCUCAGCUCCAUGCCCUCCUUCACAGCCAAGCUGAUGAAGAGCCAGCAGCAGGCUCCAGGAGAGGGGGGCUGCAGCAGUUCCUGGAGUGUGGGCACAGUCCUUGAGCACGGCAGGAGCAGCCAGAGCCAGGGAUGUGCUUCCUGUGGCAAAUCCUUCUCCUGCUACUUCAAGGCAGAGCCCGUGUACCAGCUCCCCUGCGGGCACCUCAUGUGCCGGCCCUGCCUGGCCGAGCGCCAGAAGGCUCCGGCCUCCCCCAUCCACUGCGGGAGCUGCAAGAGGGUGGCAGCCACGCAGGAUGUCAGGAGGGUUCACUUCUGACCCCCAGGGGCUGCCAGGAGGAGGACAAGGAGCUGCUGCUGUGCCCCACGUCCGCACAGAUCCGCCCGAGGAGAGCCGCAGAGUGGAGAGGACUCGGUCUUGUGCUUACAGAGCAGGGGGGUGGGGGGUUAGAGAGCAGUGCCAGAGCCUGAGGAUGA